AUGGAAACGCAAGCAACUCUCAACAGUAUUCAGAAGGCCGUAUGGGACGGCAGACUUCCCUUACAGAUUAGACUUGCUCCAUCAGAAAGUCGCAUAUACGACCAGACUGAUCCGUAUCUUAUCUCUUAUCCCCGAAUUUCAUAUCUGCCAUCCCUCUUACCCAGAUUAAGGGCCUUCUUCGCAUCUUCUCUCAUCGACCCCAGUUCCAAUGCUCAUGAUGGAUGGUUCUCCUUCGAAGGCGUCCCGCUUAAAUGGCAUCUCCCUAUCGGUCUGCUAUAUGACCUCUAUGCGGGCGCUGACCCAGCGUCCAAGGGGACGGCCGAGUCAGAAGACGCAGGCUGGGACAUCGAUGACCAAGACAAUCCAUUACCAUGGCGUCUCGUCGUGCAUUUCAGCGACUGGCCAGAUGAGGAACUGGUCCGACUAGACGCAGAGGGGAUGGUCAUGAACGAUGCGUUCAUCAACAGCGUCAAAGAAGCGGAUUUCCUGCGAAACGGGACCGCAAAGGGCAUCAUGAGUCUCUCCAAGGAGGAUUCAUCUGGGUUAUGGAAGUCUGUACAGAAUGUGGAACUCUCCUCUUUUCAACGAAUUUCGAAUAUCCUCCUUCCCCCUCUCAAUCAGCCGUUCCGUAACAUCCCUAUUCGCAUAUUCCUCCCCCUCCCUCCUGACUCUGGCUCCCCUUCUCUCAAAAUAGUUCAGUCCCCCGUCCCGCCGCUGAUCCCUCCCUCCAGCGUGGCGGCUAGCCAAUUGGCCCUUUCACGAAGUAGUAUCACACCGCAGACGCAGACGAUAGGUUCGGCUUUGCAUUCGCUCCUACCGAACCUGUUUCCUAGUCGGAGGACGCCUGUGUUAGCGAAGCCCGUGCUCCAUGGUGCCGCUGUGCCUAUGUCAGCACCAGUCGAAGAGCUAGUCAGGAGUUCGGCGUACGGAGAUGGUUGGUUGUAUGUCGUUAUACGGAUGAUGGGAUGA